CAUGUUACGCCUGCGCGCGCAGGCUUAGCUCCUCCCUCGGAAAUAAGACGGAAAGAGGUAUCUGGAGGCAUGAUCGGAAGCUUACGUAGAGGACGUUUGGAUUGAUUUGGGAUUGGCUGAACAAUGAAUCCCCAAUCUUCUGUCAGGUUCUUCAAAAGAAUUCUAAUUUUGGAAAUUAUUGGAGUUCUGGGCGCAUAUACUUUGUAUUACAAAAUGAAUUCAAGUGAAGAUUUCAGACAUAAAAUGAAGCGAAGGUUUCCAUCUGUUCUGGAAGUUUAUUACAAGAGUAAUGAGUGGGCUGGUAUUUAUGGACUCAAAGAGAUGGAUGAAGAGAAAUGGCUUACAAAAAAACCCUAAAAUGGUUUCUGCCUGAACUUCUUUUUCUGCCUGAUGAUACUUUUCACGUCUCUAUUGUGAAUCCACUUGUCGCGUUCUGCCUCCCACUUGAGCUGUUUGAGAUCUAAUAGGGGAAAAUAGUGUAUAAAUUAGAUAAAUCAAUGAUAUAAAUACACUCUUUAAACUUGAAAGCAGUUUUCUAUUUGGAUGCAAAGUAUUUAUAAGGCAAGACAUUCAAAAGAUCAAGCCACAAAUACUCUUGUUGCAUUUUUUUCAAUAAAAAAGUAUGUAAAAGGUAUAUUAAAAGAUUCCGUUUUUUGCUUUGUUUUUCAGCAGGCUCUUCAAUCUUAUUAUUGCACAUUUCUACAUAUUUUGUGUAUUUUCAUAAUAUAUCUAAAAUAAACAGCUCAGUAUAUU